AUGGUACAACCGAAACGUCAAGUAGACACCACCUCCGAUGGCGGAGGCGAAGAAUGGCCAGACGAGGUGACAGGAUCUCGUGAGAAUCGACAAGAUGGAGACAGAUGGGUGCACAACAAAACCAACACCUACAUUUCGCGACGGAACCUUCUCUCCACGAAUGACGAGUGUACCGUCAUUCAUCUGUCAACCAGUGAUGGAGAUGCGUCGGCGUUAGAAACACUUAAGUCAGAAUGCUGGAGUUUGCAAACGGAUGAAACCGAACUUGACACAGUUCUUCACGACUUAGCGUGUGCAAUAACGCUUACAAAGGAGGAUCCUACUAGCAGUCCUCAAGGUUACCUUCGAAUUCGGGAUCUGCGAUGUGUGGAUGCUUUCAAUCAUCAGACAUUACUUAUCGUGAAAUCCCUCCCAGAUGUCCAAUGCUGCAUUGAAGUAGCUGAUCCUUCUAAAACUGGAAAAUUCCAGCUCAAGAUAACAACUGACAAUUAUUCUGAACUGAAAGCAUUUUUAUCCCCUGCAAAUUCAUUUAUGUACUCCUGUGUAGAAGAUGUUCUUUGCAAAGCGUCAGAAGAUUUCAAGUGGUCUGAAUAUUUAUUCAUGGUGGCAGCGAUCGCUUUCUUUAUUGCUGCCGUUUCGAUGACAGCAGACCUCUACAUUGACGGUUUGCCGCCUCGUAGUGGCGUAGAGAGCCGUUCAAAUCUGAAGUUACUCAGGACUUCUUUAAUAUUGGAUCAGUGCGCACGAGCACGACUCGACAUAAAGACUGUGUCGGGCUUUACCUAUUACAACGCGACAUCAUUAUCGUCAGUAGCCAAAAUUCGUGCUAUUCAUCGAGCUGCAGGGCGGAUAAAAUUCCUCGUGGUUGCUCUGCAAGAAAGUAAAGCCAGAAGGAGCGGAGUGCGGCAGAUGAAUGACGGCACACUCGUUAUUCGCGCAGAACAUGUUCCGUCACAAAAUGGUGCUGGUGGUGUUGAUUUUGUUGUGCAUCCAUCUGUCCUCCAUUGUCCUUGUUGA